CCUAUAUAUUGUCAAAUAUCUCGUCAUCCGACGUCACGGAUUAUCGAACUAUAGUUUGUGGAAUGUUGUUGUUUGGAGGUGGUGAGAACACCUCACCACCUCACUACGGUGGUAGACAACAGAGAGUUGUAGAUCGCAUUACUCUUAUCAGUCCGUCUUGUCGCUGAUAAGUAUCGGUGUUAGGCACGCGAGGGCGUUGUAUACCGAUGCUGAUCCGGUUAAGUCAAAAUACGUGGGCUCGUUAAACACAAACACAGGUUGUCCGUCUUUACAGUUGUUGUCUUCUGGAUUACUCUGUUUUGGAUCACUGAUUAGGGACUACGAUAUGAUUUCCUUCGACUCCUUCUGUCGACAAAAAAACUGGCCAAACCGGAAGCUGAUGGUGAGUUGUGCAGACGGUAUAUCAAGCAGAGGCUGGUGAGUCUUGUUCCGGAGUGACGCCACGUCAUGUGACAGUGCCCUGACUGAUGUUUGGGGAUUAAAGUUAGAAAGUGACACCGGGAAGUCGGCCUGGGUGUCGGUUUCGGUGUCAGUAUGGCGGAACGGUGUCGUUACGACCGACUGAAGGGUCUAGAGAGGACGUUCACUAUGAUAAUCCUGCUGGGUUGUUUGGUGUCGCUAUAUCUCUCUACAAUUUCCAGCCCUGCCUCCACACGGCUGACCGUCAUGGGUACAGGAUACAUUGUCCGCGCAAGCAAAGGCGAGACCAGGAAUGGCGUCUUCGGACAAAUAUUCGGGUCCCACCGUCAUCGCAAUAUAUUUCAAGAAAAUAAUCGCAUGUCUUAUAAAGGCUCUGAAUUGCAGGAGAGAUUGUUCAGCAGAUCAAGCGAAGCCAGCUUGACGACUAUAGCAACGGACGACACGGAUCAGUGGUUCAGACCGCUUUCCGCCAAAUCAAGAGAGCUGAGCUGGAAGCACGAGGUUCACCCUCACUUUAGAGACUUCAUUAUCUCCAGUAAAUCUGUCUGCAAGGACCAAAGAGUGGACAUAUUAGUUUACGUCCAUAGUGCGACCAGAAACUUUCAACGCCGUCGUAUCUUGAGAGAAACAUGGGCGAAUAAAUUCAUUUUUAAGAACAUAACAAUGAGAACAGUCUUCAUGUUGGGCCGCACACAUGAUUUUAUGGAGCAAAUGAAAAUCAAAAACGAAAAUUUGGUCUAUGGUGAUAUUGUGCAAGGAGAUUUUCUUGACACUCACCAGAAUUUGACCGUCAAAGCCAUCAUGGUGACCCGAUGGAUCGCGGAGUACUGUGCACAUGCGCGGUAUGUCAUUAAAGCGGACGACGACAUAUUUGUGAACAUUUUCUUAUUUGUUGAAAAAAUAACAUCAACUAUGUCGAGUCGCCCGAAAACUAUUGCAUGUCAUUUGAAGAAGAACGGAAGUACCCCUAUAGUUAGAGACCAAAGAAGUCAGUGGUACGUUUCCAAGGAGUUAUUACCAGGAAAGAGGACCUACCCUCAGUUUUGUCCGGGCUACGCUUUAAUGUUCACGGGCGAUUUGGCUCCCAUCAUGUACACAGCGUCUUUCACCAGCACAUACAUUCCCAUUGACGAUGUCUACAUGUUCGGACUUCUGCUGGAAAAAGAGAAGGAUAUCACCUUCAUUAACGUGCAAUCUAACUUCACUCUGAACCAGAAACUAGCUCUGGAUGAAUACACCGGCAACAAGCCGAUAACUCAUGUCGCUUCAAACGCUUGGGAAUCCGGUGCCAUGGAGAAGUUCUGGUUUUCUGCCUUAGAAAGAUUAAGCCCGUGGGCUUUGAAACACUCCAGUUAUGCAACACUUGAGAAGCGCAUACAUUUAUUGAAUGCUUCUAUUGUAUAACCUUGUAGA